ACUGUUCCCUCUCUGUGUAGCUGGCUUUUGUCGUUGGCUUCCUUUCAUUUUGUGUUCGGCUGUACUCGGCGACCAGACGACUCCCAACGGUGUGUUCUGACAACAGACAGACAGACAGACAGACAGACAGACAGAGGACACAGCUGUUUUACGUCAGAGCGCCAGCUGAAGUCAGAGCGAAGUCCAGACGUGAAGCUGCAUUUGAACAACUUUGUCUUCCAUGUUAUCCAACGAACACUACAAUGCAGUGGCGUUAUAAGGAAGUCUCUUGGCGGCAGUGGUCGCCGCCGAUGUGCAUUCUUUAUUUUAUGGUAAUACUUCUUCCACCUGUAAUGUUGCACCCGCAGUGUUUGGAUUUUAAGCCGCCCUUCCGACCGCGGAGGGACCUGGAGUUUUGCGUAAUGUAUAAGGAAUUUGGCUGCUGUGAUUAUGAGAAAGACCAGGAGCUGAUGACUAAAUAUUACCAGAUUAUGGAUAAUUUUGAUUACCAUGGAUAUGCCAACUGCGCGUCGUUUGUCCUGGAGUUACUCUGCCAGGAGUGUUCUCCCUAUGCAGCUCACCUCUUUGAUGCUGAGGACCCGAGCACCCCAGUCAGGACCAUCCCUGGCCUCUGUCCCGACUACUGUUCUCAGUUUUGGAGAAAGUGUAGCAUCAUCAUCCCUCUCUUAUCUGAUGACCCACACGUAGCAAAAAUCAGAGAAAACCAGACCCAUCUCUGCCAAUACUUGGAGCUAGAUGAUGUGGACUAUUGCUAUCCUCAUCUGCUCAGCAAUCAGAAACUUUCUCAGCACCUAGGCCGGGUUCAGUCGGACUCAUAUGGUUGUCUGCAGCUGUGCCUGGAAGAAGUGGCCAACAGGCUUCAAAAUCCACUAGCCAUGGCCUAUGCCAAUGAUGGAACACAUCGUUUCUUUGUUGCAGAACAGGUGGGCUUGGUGUGGACUUUUCUUCCAGACCGAUCCAAAUUGGAGAGACCAUUUUUAAACAUUACCAAAACUGUGCUAACAUCAUCAUGGGAAGGUGAUGAGAGAGGCUUUCUGGGACUCACCUUUCACCCAAAAUACAAGUACAAUGGGAAGCUUUAUGUGUAUUACUCAGUGGAGGUGGAUUUUAAUGAGAGGAUCAGGAUCAGUGAGUUCCAUGUAUCAGCUAAUGACAUGAAUGUGGUGGAUCAUACCUCUGAGCGAGUUAUUCUGGAGAUUGAUGAACCAGCAUCCAAUCACAAUGGAGGCCAGCUGCUAUUUGCAGAUGAUGGAUACUUGUACAUUUUCACAGGUGAUGGUGGAAUGGCAGGAGACCCAUUUGGGAAAUAUGGGAAUGCUCAGAACAAGUCAGCUCUCUUGGGUAAAGUUCUUCGUAUUGAUGUGGAUGACAACAAAAGAGGCCCACUCUACAGAAUUCCUCCAGAUAAUCCCUUUAUACAUGAGUGGGGUGCACGACCUGAGAUUUAUGCUUAUGGUGUUCGCAAUAUGUGGAGGUGCUCAGUGGACCGGGGUGAUCCUUGGACCAAAGAGGGCAAAGGACGUAUCUUCUGUGGUGAUGUAGGCCAGAACAAGUUUGAGGAAAUCGACAUUAUUGAGAGAGGUCGAAAUUAUGGCUGGAGAGCCAAAGAGGGCUUUUCCUGCUAUGAUAAGAAGCUGUGUGCUAACAACUCACUAGAUGACGUCUUGCCUAUUUAUGCGUAUCCUCACAAGAUGGGCAAGUCAGUUACUGGUGGCUAUGUGUACCGAGGCUGUGAAUACCCCAACCUGAAUGGCAUGUACAUAUUUGGAGACUUCAUGAGUGGGCGUUUGAUGAGUCUGCAGGAGGACAAAAGCACAGGGGAGUGGAAAUACAAUGAAAUCUGUAUGGGGGUGGGUCUGACUUGUGCCUUCCCUGGACUCAUCAACAACUACCACCAAUACAUUAUCUCCUUUGCUGAGGAUGAAUCUGGUGAACUUUACUUCAUGUCCACUGGAGUACCAAGUGCUACAUCACCUUCGGGAGUCAUUUAUAAAGUGGUGGAUCCUUCAAGACGUGCUCCACCGAGACAGUGUCACUAUGAUCCUCUUCCUGUCAGGAUAAAAAGUAAUCUCAUCACGUUUGUACCCCAGGAAACAUUGAUUGGUGUUCCACCACCAAAUACAAAAAAGCCACAACCCACAAAGUCCCAUGACUGGCUCCAAGAGCUCAUUGAUCGUCUAGGUGACCAAGGAUUAAAAAUUACCACCCCUAUACCAACUACAACAACGGCCAAACCACACAGAAAUUCAAGGCGGAAGAGUCGGCGCAGGAAGGGUAAAUCCAGAAUGAACAGUGCACCCGAGUUGCAGAAUGGAGCAGUGAGGCUGGUUGGAGAUGAACAUGGCCGCAGUGACCGUGGACGGGUAGAGAUUUACAUUAACGGGGAGUGGGGUACUGUAUGUGAUGACUUAUGGACUAUUCAGAGUGCUAGAGUAGUUUGCCAUCAGCUGGGCUUUCAGUAUGCACUGAAUGCAGCAAAGAACUCUGAGUUUGGUGAGGGGAAGGAUCUGCAGAUUCUUUUGGAUGACGUUCAGUGUGAAGGAACCGAGUCUAGCCUGCUUGAUUGCAAACAUGCUGGUGUGGCGAUACAUAACUGUGCCCACUAUGAAGAUGCUGGAGUAGUCUGUGGCAACUCCGACUAUGUUGUAGAAGUCUAACUACUACGAAGUGACAGCUAAUAAUCAAGACAUAGCCUGUGGACUUAAAAAUCACAUCCAAAUUUAAUACAACUCAAACAGGUGUGUUUAAUCAGUUCUCAAAGAAUUUUCCGUUCUCAUGAACGAGCACAUCAAACUGAUAACAUAAUGUUGAGUCGUGUCUACAAUGGAGGUAAACAGCAGAAAUGAAAUGUGAAAUUGCUGUUUUGUUGUCUGACUGCCACAAUAAAUAAGUAAAGGAA